GAGCCGUCUUCCUGUAUUUUUCAACUUGCCAUUUGACCCUGAAGUGUAGGCGGAAGAAUACAUGUGGACAAAAUACUGGGGUGAUGACAAAUACACUGUUGGUGACUGUAAUCUCGUGUUUUGCUGUAUUGUAUCAUAAACAGAGGCAUUCCAGGGAAGAAAUGCGGGACCAUUAUUGUGAAAGCUGAGGAGCUGAACAACUGCAGGGAAUCAGUGAUGAUGCAGUUCUGUGGAAACAAGUUGGACAAAAAGGAUUUCUUUGGCAAAUCCGACCCCUUCCUGGUCUUCUACAGGAGCAACGAGGACGGCACGUUUACCAUCUGCCAUAAGACAGAGGUGGUGAAGAAUACACUGAACCCUGUUUGGCAGGCUUUUAAAAUCCCCGUUCGUGCUCUUUGCAACGGUGAUUAUGACAGAACAAUCAAGAUCGAGGUGUACGACUGGGACAGAGACGGCAGGUAAAUACUUCCAGUGUUAUAGUAAUAAGUCAUAUUUUACAUUACAGGCUCCAGAAGCUCACUUCA